CCCUGGCGCAGCGGUGCAGCACCUCCGUCGCCGAUAUAAAUGGCACCUGGAAGCUAACUGACUCGUUCACAAAAAAAAAUAAAAAGGUAAAUGUACGCGUGUCCGGAGCAGGUGGAGUCUUCAACGAAACACAACGAGAGAAAUGCAGUGUGGAUUCACGUUCCCAAAGUGCAUUCAGCUGAAAGUCCACUGACAAAGGACAGUUCUUACUCACCUGGUGAUGGCUCACCAAAGGCCACUCGUCGCCAUCGUCACACUCCUCGGCGCCACCUUUGGCGGUCUUCUCGUGUGGCGAGCAUUUAGCAUCAAAAAGAAGCGGCCGCCUUCCGUUCAGAGGGAAACGCCGCUUCCUGUCGCCGCAGAAGCCGACCGGCGGCCCCCACAUGAGGAGAUUGAGGCGGUGGAGUGCGAGAAGACCUGUGCAGCACCUCCUGUGUCCAUCCCGACUUCCGACCAGCUGCUGGCGGUGAGGCCGGCGACUGUGAGCUCCGAGGAGGAAUGGUGCCAUCUUUGGCCAUCAAUGCGGGAAGACCUGGCGGCGGUCCCCAUACUGGGACUCGACUGUGAAUGGGUGUCAGCCAAUGGCCAUGCCCAGGUGGUCUCCCUGCUCCAGCUGGCGUCGUAUUCGGGGCGGUGCGUGCUGGUACGGCUUCAGGCGUUCAGCGACGCGCAGCUCCCACCAGACCUGGUGGAGGUCCUGCGCGACCCGCACGUCCUGAAGGCGGGCGUCGGUUGUCACGACGACGGCAAGCGGCUGACGCAUGACUACGGGCUUUCGCUGACCUGCGCGGUGGACCUGCGCCACCUCGCCCUCCGACAAAAACAAGUUGCACUGAGUACCAGACUUGGCCUGAAGUCGCUGGCAGCCGACGUGUUGAACGUUUCGCUGGACAAGUCGCCAGAACUGCGCUGUAGCGACUGGGAGGCAAAUAAGCUGACGCCGGAGCAGAUAACAUACGCGGCCAGGGAUGCUCAAGUGUCCGUCGCCCUCUUCUUCCACCUGCUCGGCCCCCACCUCAAAGCUCACCCCACUUGCGCCGACCGGCUUUCCUACGCCGCGUUGGCUGCUUACUGUCAGGGGUUGGUGGACGUGCCCUUCAGGGGCCGGGGGGCCGGCGGGGUGGACGAGCAUAGCGAUGAUGGCAGCCCAGAGAAAACACGGCGUACGCGCAGGCCUCUGAUGGGAACAUCCUCAAGCCCCGACCGCUCAUUGUCUGGAGAUCAGCGAGUCCCAGACCCCAGAAAGAACAACAAAAGGAAGCCACUGGGCGUGGGCUACUCUGCAAGGAAGUCCCCGCUGUACGACAACUGCUACCUGCACGCCCCCGACGGUCAGCCGCUUUGCACGUGUGACAAGAAGAAAGCCAAAUGGUACCUGGACAAAGGAAUAGGAGAGCUCCAGAGUGAGGACCCGUUUGUGGUGAGGCUUCUGUUUGAGCCAUCAGGACGUCCUGACUCCCAUCAGGACUACUACCUCACGGCCAAGGAGAACCUCUGCGUAGUCUGCGGGAGAGCAGACUCUUACAUCAGGAAGAACAUCGUCCCUCACGAGUACCGGCGGCACUUCCCAAACGAGAUGAAGGAUCACAACUCUCACGACAUCCUGCUGCUGUGCACCAGUUGCCACGCCGCCUCCAACGUGCACGACGCCUCGCUCAAGCAGCAGCUGGCCGACCAAUUUGCCGCCCCGCAGGGAUGCGAGGAGGGCGUGCGGCAAUUAGAAGACCCGGACCGGCGGCGCGUGCGCUCGGCAGCCCGCGCCCUCCUCAUCGCCGGCGGCGGGCUGCCCAAGUGGCGCCAGGACGAGCUGCAGACGCUCGUCCAGAACUUCCUGCACGUGAGCGACGAGCGAGAGCUGACGGAGGACGAGCUUCGGCAGGCUGCCUCCUUGGAGACUAGGAUUUCAAACGAGACGCACGUGCCUCACGGCCUGAAGGUGGUGCGCGCCUACACUGAGCGAGGCCCGCGCGGCCUGAUGGAACUGGAGCGGCGCUGGAGGCAGCACUUCCUGUCGUCCAUGCGCCCCGAACACCUUCCGAAGCUCUGGUGCGUGCAGCACAACCACCAAAAGCUGCUCCGCAAGUACGGCGAUGACCUGCCCGUCAAAGUCGACUGAAUGGCGGCGACCGCUGCUUGGCAAUCACCAUGCCGUGGUAGGACUUGGCUUUUUUUUUUCUUCUUCUUCUUUUUUUAAAAAAGAGAGAGAGAAAGAAAGCAUUUUUUUGGGAAAUCAACAUUUUAAAAUAGACACGCAGCAGCCUGCCUUUUAAUCUUAACACAUUGCAGGUUAGCGGUUAAUGCUAACGAGGGUCAUCCUUAAUGUUUUCCUGUUGCUCUCUCCCACUUUGUUUCUAUUGUCUGUCUGGCUCAGUCGACCAAGUUGUGCUCUUUGAACAUUUUGUCUUUUUGGAUCCCCUUUAAUUUAUUGAAAGAUGAGAUUUUGACCAGCUCUCGCAACGAAUGGAGCAACAUACGGAUUUUGUGCUGCCUGCCCACGUCCCUUGACUAUUGUCCUUUCAGUCAAUAGAUCACUUUAAAAAUUUCAGCUUUUCCGAUCCUUUUUAACUUUUUUCCAAGAUGAAUUUUUUGCGGGACGGGCUAGGCGAGAGUUGACGACACUAAUGCGAAGUGCUUAAUAUUUAUUGUCGCUCCCACCCACUUAUUUGCUUGACUAUUGUUCGUUUCAAUCAAUAGUUGCGCUCUUUAGAAAUAUCAUCUGCUCUUUUGGGGUUCCAUUUAAUUUAUUUGAAGAUGAGAUAUUGAGCAGUUUACACAGCGGUGGGAAGAGCAACGCUAACAGCUACUUGGCGCGUAAAAUGCCUCCCUUCCCCGGUGCGGGACGCCUUCCGAGGACCAUGUUUUAGUGGACCUCCUAGUCUCGAUAUUCACCAAAUGCGCCGCUAGCUCGAUUAGCGCGAUGAUGACGACUCUCGGAAGUGAACAGAAAGUGGUUGUCUUUGUAAAUGUCAAUGAUGUUAAUAAAGUUUGUAAUGAAAUUCAAAAACAUCAAUCCA